UCGCGAUGAAACUGACGACAGUUUUGCUCCUCUUGGGCUUCCUCAAUUUAUCGUUGCAGGAUGACAAGACUCCUAAAGUCAGAACAUCCCUGGGAACCGUGCGAGGAUACCAUAAGAUCUCUCGGCAAGGCAGAGAAUACGAAGCCUUCGAGGGCAUUCCCUAUGGGCAGCCCCCGGUUGGCGAACUUAGGUUUCAGCCACCACACCCAGCCGAAGAAUGGUCGGGUGUGCUAUCAGCCACGAAGAAGGGCUCUAUCUGCACACAGUAUCUUAUGAGGAGUAUGGCUAUCGAUGGACAAAUUAUCACGGGUGACGAGGAUUGUCUGUAUGUGAACAUUUACGCUCCAAUUAGGAACGGCAAGAACACUCUGUUACCUGUCAUUUUCUGGAUUCAUGGCGGCGCCUACUUGUUCGGCAGUGGAAACGACAUGAACGAGACACUCAUAAUGGACCGUGAUGUCGUGCUGGUCACGGUCAAUUAUCGUUUGGGACCAUUCGGUUUUCUAAGCACGGGGGAUAGCUUGGUGCCCGGAAACAUGGGGUUGAAGGAUCAAAAUCUGGCACUACGCUGGGUGUCGAAGAACAUCGAGAACUUCGGUGGGGAUCCGAAAAAUAUAACUCUUAUGGGUUUCAGCGCAGGAGCCUCUAGUGUCCACUACCAUUAUUUGACACCACUGAGCGCUGGACUUUUCCAUAGAGGAAUAUCGAUAAGUGGCGUGGCACUCAAUCCUUGGACACAGACGGAACGUGCUCCUGAAAAGGCUAGAAAAUUGGCUGCAGUCCUGGGGUGUCCAACAAGUAGCGUAAGGAAGAUGGUGAAUUGUCUGCGAACGCGUCCUGCUAAGCAAUUAUCGCAAGCUGUUGACGACAUCAUAUACUGGCUGUUCAAUCCUUUCUCCGUCUUCGGUCCAGUUGUCGAGAAACAUGGACCUGAUGCCUUCAUCACUCGCUCCCCGAUCGAUGUCAUCAAUAGUGGAGAAGCAUACGAUGUCCCUUGGAUUUCCGGAGUAGUCAGCGAAGAAGGAUUAUACACUUCUGCAGAAUUCGUCGCUAAUAAUACGCUGUUAAAGCAUCUGAACGACAACUGGGACGACAUUGCACCCUAUUUGCUCGAUUUUAACGAUACCAUUCCACUGAAUGAGAAGAAGCAGGUGGCAGAAAAGAUCAGAAAACAUUAUCUGGGAUCUGAACCAAUCGAUAGCAACAGUAUGAUGCCUGUAAUACAUAUGAUGGGUGAUCGAUUAUUCGCGCAUAAUUUCGAGAGGGCUGCGAGAUUGCAAGCCAGAAAAAAUAAGAGCCCAGUGUGGACCUACUUAUACAGUUACAGAUCUAUGUACAGCCUAAGUGACACUCUGAGCGGCACAACAAGGAAUUUUGGAGUGAGUCAUUCCGACGACACAUUCCUCGUGAUCGACACUAGAACCUCUAGUGUGACGCGGCCAAGUGAUGUGCAAAUGCAACAAAUACUGCUCGAUUUUUACACAUCAUACGCUAUAGAUGGUAAACCUCGGGUUGGGAAUGCAGUCUGGCCGUCAUUGAACCCCAACGACAAAGAUUUCCAUUAUCUGCACAUAACAAACCCAAGAACUAUAAAAAUGGAGUCCAACUCUGACUUUGCUCAACGAAGCUUCUGGACCUCGAUAAACUUUGAUGAAAACAAAUAAAUUGAUGAAAGUUGCGAAAAGUGACCAAAGGCAAUCAAACUACGGUUACCUUCUUUCAAACGUUGUUAUGUUGCAUUUAAAUAUGUAAUAAUACUUGCA